GUGCAUGUGAUCCCACACAUUGGUGAGGAGCAUCGCGGUCUCGCCGCGACAGCCGUGAAAGUGGGUUAUGGUUUAGGGCUGAUCAAUGAUCUGGACAACACCCCUAUGGAGCAGAAGGAUCAGCUGGCCAUGCUACGGGGGUACUACCCCGACAUCAAGGUGGACUAUCGUCUGCGCAAUGAUACGGCAGACAAGCUACAUUCCUCUGAUUGGGAUGCCUUUGAGGCGUUUCUAGCGAAGCGCCUGCUGCCGGAGCUCGAAGCAAAGAAUCCGAAAGAUAGCUAUACCUUGGGAGUUGGCACUCACUCGCUCUUCUUGCGCUACUCGAUCGGCCGGCGUGCAGAGAGCACCUC